UUAUCGUUCAACCUCAUUGCUAUCCUCUUUUUUAUACACUUGUGUUUGCCCAAAGAUCGACCAUACACGUCCGCGUUUUUCUCCCUGUCGCAUUACAAUACAAACACGGGAAAUUUUGGUCUGGGUGGUGGUGACUUCUUCUUUCUUGGAUCUUGUAUCAUUCUUUUCACUGGACUUCGUGCUAGCUGUAUGGAAUAUCUCCUCGAGCCCCUAGCUAGACAAUGGGGUGUAUGGAAAAAGAAGGAAGUCAUUCGAUUCUCGGAACAGGCAUGGCUACUGUGCUAUUACUCGAUAUUUUGGACGCUUGGCGUGUAUAUCUACUACACCUCGUACUAUUUCCUAGCCCUAAGAGAAAUGUUCACCAAUUGGCCAGCCCGAGAGCUCCCUGGGAUCACGAAAGCGUACAUCCUGGGCCAGUGGGCCUUCUGGCUACAGCAACUCAUCGUCAUAAAUGUCGAGGAGCGUCGCAAGGACCACUGGCAAAUGCUAGCUCACCAUAUCAUAACGAUUUUGCUGGUUUAUACCUCUUACGCAUUGCACUUGACUCGCGUGGCCAACCUGGUACUGGUCCUGAUGGAUGUGGUCGAUAUUUUUUUCCCUCUCGCCAAAUGUUUGAAAUACCUCGGUUUUUCCACCAUGCGAGAUAUCAUGUUCGGCUUCUUUAUGCUUUCAUGGUUCCUUGCGCGCCACGUCUUUUACAUCCUGAACAUGUAUCACAUCUGGACCUACAUGCCUGAAACUAUUCAACCCGGCUGUUAUUACAGAUCACCGGACAGUCUGAUAAUCGGCCCAAUCCCACUACCCAAAGACGGCCGGUCAUACAUGUUUGAAGCGUUCCUGAAUCCGUCUGGCACCAUUUGCUACAGCGACGGUAUAAGGUGGGGGUUCCUCGGUGCUCUGGGGUUCCUUCAGGUUCUAACCAUAAAUUGGUUUUUUUUGAUCCUUCAGGUGGCCAUCCGUGUCGUCAAAGGCGUUGGCGCUGAUGACAUUCGGAGUGAAGACGAGGAUGGGGGUGAGUUGGAAGAGAGAAAAUACACUUGA